UUAAUCAGGAGGUUGAUACAAUUACCAUCAUCAUUAAUUGAUUGAUUUCCUAUUGUUUUGAACACUCAAAAGACACUUUUGUAUUUACUUGAUGUAUUUUGUAAUUUUGGUUGCCAAUCUAUGAAAUAAAUUGUAGUUAAUUUUAUGGUUCCAUUUGAUCAUCGUGAUAGCAAUUAAUUCAUUUGAAUCAUGAACUCACCUUUACCAAUCAUCUGGUUAAACCCAAAAACUCAUAAAUUUCAAUUCAAUGACUUGAUGUUUGUCGAUAUGCUUUUUACAGAUGAAUCUCUGGAAAAAGGUAUCAAAGAUUUACCUGUGGCAAUUGUAUCCAUUAAUGGCGAUUCGAGAACAGGUAAAUCAUUUCUCUUGAACUUUUUCCUUCGAUAUUUACAACGGUACGACCAAGAAAACUGGAUUGGUUCAGAGGACGAACCAUUAACAGGCUUUUCAUGGAGACCUGGAAUCGAUAGAGAUACGCGCGGUAUCGUGUUAUGGUCUAAACCAUUGAUCAUUAAACGUAGAGAUGGUACUAAGAUUGUAGUUCUAUUGAUGGACACUCAAGGUUUUUCCAGUGAAUCUAUUGAAGAGGAACAAUUUUUCGCCAUCUCCAACCUGAUUUCUUCCACUCUAAUCUACAAUCAGUCACGAAAUAUUCAGAGUAAAGACAUAAGCAACUUAUGUAAAUUCAGUGAAUGUCUUCCCCAAGAAUCUCGAGUACCUGGUGAUCAGAUUGUUCAAAAGUUAUUGAUUCUCGUGAGGGAUUGGGCUUACGUCUCAGACUAUAACUAUGGUAAUGAAGGUGGUCGAAAAUUUCUCAACUAUAAACGAACCGUUCAAAUGUCGAAACUUGAAUCGUCAUGGAGAUCGUUAGAUCAAUGUUACUCUGAUAUGGACUGUUUUCUUUUACCUUCGCCUGGAGAAAAUGUUGAUGAUAUUCAUUUCGAUGGAAGGAUAAGCAAAAUAAGACCUGAUUUCGUUGGAUAUCUCAAAGAAUUGGUCAUAUCCUUAUUGUCGCCAGAAAAUAUUGUUAUCAAAUCUUGGGAAGGAGAAGAGCAGAAACUUUGGCAAGUUUCUAAUCGAUUCAGUUUACUUGCGAAACAAUUAAAUGAUCACAAUAAGAUUGAUGUUGAAAAACUGUUUAUCUCUCAUGAAGAAACGAGUGCUGAAAAUGCCUUGAAAAAAGCUCGAAUUCAGUUCAUCGAUGAUAUUAUGAAAUCUUACGCAGGGGAUCCUAAUUUAAUGGAAAUUUUCACCUCAGCUAAAGCCAAAGCCCUUGGAAUCUUCCAAGUCGAAUGUCGAUCUAUUAAUAAUGAACUUCGAACUGUUAAACAGCUCAAGUUGAUUGAAUUUUUCUCCUACUACGAGCAUCAGAUUGGAACUGAUUCUCUUCAUGAUGGUCAACAAGCUCGAUGGUCGAAUACAGUUGAUAGUGUUCGAAAUAGUGUUUACAAUAUGACCCAAUAUGUAAGAUCCAUUUUCUAUAACAAUUAAUUGUGAUCACAAUCGUAAACGAUUCGUAAGGUGCGUUUGAAUAAACUGUCAACUAUUAAAAUCAACAUCGAACAAUUUA